CCCAUCUUGAGACAUGGCUGCCUACGAACCUCUCCAGAUAGAUGACCGCGGGUACCACGACGAAGACGGUACCAAAGAUCCUUUGCUUCAGGACGAGCUCAACAGUAUUCCCCAUUCAAAACAGCCCACAUCAAAAUGGGCACAAUGGGGGACUGUUGCGGUUUCUCUCCUCUCGGUAUUAUGUGCUUUUGCACUGUAUCUAGCGUCUAUGCGUGUCGAGCUUCCUGGUCCACGGAGUGCGAAGGGUUUGCGCCAGCCAGACCAGUACAACACUCUAAAUCUGACACAAGAGCUCAAGAAAGGACCAAUUGUCUGGUUUCCUGGUUAUAUCGUUCGAGCAAAUAAAGCUGCACCUGAUGAAGUUUACACAUCGGGCCCACAUGUCGUGCUGGAUGAUAACAACUCUAUGUUCUUCCAGUUCCGUAUGCCCGCAUCCAAGUUCACUCGGUGCUACAUUGGUUCUGCCGUACCUACUCCAGAAGAGGGUGCUGCUGCCAACAAGACCUACGUCUCCUCAGGGUCUCUCACGGAAUUCAAAGUAUGGAACGUUACCACGCCGUCCAAGCCUAUGAAGAGCCUCAGUUGGAAUACACGUCCUGAGCGGGUUGCCUUGAUGGGGACGGUCGCAUUUCUACCCGAGGAAGAGAUGAUAGAUCAGUUAGACUUGGAAGAUGGUUGGCAGCUGAGCGACCCGACGCCGAGGUUUGCAUGUGGUCAGAAGGAAACGUACACGAUCGAGGUUUCUUGUGAGGGAUGUAGCCUUGAAUAUGAACAAAUCCUCUCGCUGCCUGCAUUGGCAUUCGACUUGUUCCAGAUUGGCUAGGCCAAUCUGCGCGCUUCAAACAGCGCUGUAUGAAUGGCUUUCGGUGGUUUACCUUGAGAGAUGUCGCAAAGUCAUGUCGUGCUUUUCAUAACCGGUUUCCACGACUAUCACAGUUCUUGUACGUGUAUAAAAUACGAAGUACAAUCUACUCAUAAAUUGUUCCUUGCACC